AGUGGCUUCUGCCUGCCACACUGUCCAAUCGCAUAUAGGGAGAGGGAGAGAGAGGGAGAGAGACACAGGAAGAGAGAGAGAGAGAGAGAGAGAGAGAGAGAGAGAGAGAGAGAGAGAGAGAGAGAGAGAUGGGGGAGGGAGGAGAAAGAAAGGAAAAGAGGGAGAGAGGGAGAUUGAUCAUUUGAACGUCCUGGGCCUUGGAUUCCUUGAAGAAACAUUUCAAUUUUCUACUUCAAUCCAAAACGUCAUUUCUUUUUUUCUUAUAUUUUUUAUCUUCCUCCUCCUCCUCUUCCACCUUCCUCGGACUGAAGGAUUGAGGGUUGUGAGUGUGUGUUUUUCUUGUUUCUUUUUUUUAUUCCCACCAAGGAGACGUGCCACCACCUCCACCAGCAGCAGCAGCAGCAGCAGCAGCAGCGGUGAUAGAGGAGUAUCUCCCCCCCACAUAUCCCAUCCCGGGCACGUCGGAUAAGCUGCAGCAGCGAAAACACGAGGCGAAUAUUGCGGUGGACGAGGAACAUGGUGCGCGGGAUUUCUCACCGGGUGCAGAGGCACUUUGGACUUGUUAUGGGGGUGACCGGAAGGAGAGAGUGACAGAGGAACAGUGAUGCUACUGUUUACAUAACGAGACACACACACACUCUCACACACACACACACACACACAUACACACACACGCACACGCUCGAAUCGCCAGUCCAGGACAUACACACUCGCUUAAACACUUCCACACAUACAGACACGUAUUCAAGGGACUCACUGACUGAGUCACCACACACUCAAAGGCACAGAAUCAGUGACUCACACACAAAAAACACACACACAUUCAUCGACAGACAAACACACAAGGGGGAAAGGUUGCUUGCAAGAGCCUGGACUGUGUGUCGUUCGUGCUAUGGGCCAAGCUGAGCAGCAGCUGUGUGUGAGUGUUGGAUACAUCUGAAAGUUACCCUCGCCGUCCUCCUCUCAACAUCCUCCAUCUCCCAGCUACUCCUAAAUACAACAUCAUGUCUGCGUCGAGGACCAGGAGAACUCCGCCUCCCUCAUCGUCUCUCCCACCCUUAUCCUCCCCAUUUGGGUUCCUAUCCCUCCUCCUCUUCUUCGGCUUCUCCCUUUCUUUCGACCCGGUGUCGGCGCAGCAAACCGUGCCCGUCAUCUCCACGGCGCAGGGACGCAUCCGUGGCAUGCUGACCCCGCUGCCCUCAGAUCUCCUGGGGCCCGUCCUCCAGUACCUGGGAGUACCAUAUGCAAGGCCUCCAACGGGAGACAGGCGAUUCCAGCCACCAGAGCCUCCGCUGCCCUGGCCUGGAAUACGAAACGUGACACAGUUUGCUCCCGUGUGCCCGCAGUCGCUGGAUGAGAGGAGCAUGCUGGGAGAUAUGAUGCCGUCCUGGCUCACGGCUAACCUGGAUAUAGCAGCAACGUACCUCACUCACCAGAGCGAGGAUUGUCUCUACCUCAAUAUCUAUAUUUACCACAUGGACAUCCACGAGGAGGGAGGUCAGCGUCCUGUAAUGGUCUAUGUCCACGGUGGCUCGUACACAGAGGGCACUGGUAACAUGAUGGAUGGCAGCGUGCUGGCAAGCUACGGCAACGUCAUUGUUAUUACACUCAACUACCGCCUGGGAGUACUGGGGUUUCUCAGUACCGGUGACCAGGCAGCCAAAGGGAACUACGGCCUGUUGGAUCAGAUCCAGGCUCUGCGCUGGGUGAAGGAGAACAUCGCAGCCUUCGGAGGAGACCCGGGCAGGGUGACUGUGUUCGGAUCCGGGGCCGGAGCCUCCUGUGUCAGCCUCCUCACCUUGUCUCAUUACUCUGAAGACCUGUUCCAUAGAGCCAUCAUCCAGAGCGGCAGCGCUCUAGCCAGUUGGGCUGUCAACUACCAGCCAAGCAAGUACGCCCGGCAGCUUGGCGAGCGAGUGGGCUGCGGCAUCGACGACAGCACCCAACUGGUCGCCUGCCUUCAGGGCCGGAGCUACCGGGAACUGGUGGAGCAGAGCAUAACGCCGGCCAAAUAUCACACAGCUUUUGCCCCCGUGAUUGACGGUGAUGUCAUACCGGAUGACCCCCAGAUUCUGAUGGAGCAGGGAGAAUUUCUUAACUACGACGUGAUGUUGGGGGUUAAUCAGGGCGAGGGCGUGAAGUUCGUGGAGGGCAUCGUGGACUCAGAGGACGGCGUCACGGCUGAGGACUUUGACUUCGCUGUAUCAGACUUUGUGGAUAGUUUAUAUGGAUACCCAGAAGGCCGAGACACACUGAGAGAGAGCAUAAGGUUCAUGUACACGGACUGGGCAGACCGCGACAACGCAGAGACCAGACGGAAGACUCUGGUGGCGCUCUUUACAGACCACCAAUGGGUGGCGCCAGCGAUCGCCACAGCUGACCUUCACGCUCAGUAUGGCUCUCCCACCUAUUUCUACUCCUUCUACCACCACUGCCAGAGUGACGCCACUCCACCCUGGGCUGACUCCGCCCACGGUGACGAGGUGCCCUAUGUGUUCGGCGUGCCCAUGGUGGGACCCACUGAUCUGUUCAACUGUAACUUCUCCAAGAACGACGUGAUGCUGAGCGCGGUGGUCAUGACUUACUGGACCAACUUUGCCAAGACUGGUGAUCCAAACCAGCCAGUUCCUCAAGACACCAAGUUUAUCCACACGAAACCGAACCGCUUUGAGGAAGUGGCCUGGUCUAAGUACACCCCAAAAGAGCAGCUGUAUCUCCACAUCGGCCUCAAGCCCCGGGUCAGAGACCACUACCGCGCCACCAAAAUCUCCUUCUGGCUCCAGCUGGUGCCUCAUUUGCAUCAUGUCAACGAGCUCCUCCAGUCGGUGUCCUCCUUCACGCAUAGUCCCUCUCCGCAGGACGACACCCCUUACUCUUACACCAAGCGGCUGUCCAAAGGUUGGCCUCCAAGCAGCACACGUCACCCAGGCUCGCAGGGAGGUACCCCGCAGCCUCCAGAGGCUGCUUUGGGCCAAGACGGAGCAGAAAACGGGGUCCGCAUCCCUAAUGAGGACUACUCCACUGAACUCUCUGUGACCAUCGCUGUUGGAGCCUCCCUGUUGUUUCUCAACAUCCUUGCGUUCGCGGCGCUGCUGUACAAGAAGGACAAGAGACGUCUGGAGCAUCGUAGACCCCGCCCACUUCCUCAACCGAGACGAGAUAUCACACCUGCAGAUGUCGCCGCCCACCUACAGGGGGAAGGACUGAUGUCACUACAGGUGAAGCAGCUUGAGUGUGAUGCAGCAUCAGCAGACGAGAGGAACAACACUCACCACCAUCACACUCUGGACACGCUGGAUGCCCUGGACGGCAUGGACACCCAGGACAUCUACAGCACACUGGACACCGUGCGCCUCACCUGCCCACCUGAUUACACACUCACCCUACGCCGUUCACCUGAUGACGUCCCCCUCAUGACCUCUCUGACCCCAGGGUCGCUGCCGGUGACCCCUGGGUCACACCCUGUUACCCCGGCGACGCCGAUGACCCCCAUGACGCCUGCAUCAGUGGUGGGGAUGAGAAUGGGGCAUCCUCACCAGGGAUACACACACCACAGCCCGUAUAGCAAUACACACUUGCCACACACACACAUCUCCGCGCACACACACUCCACUACACGUGUAUAACCGCAGCAAAAUACUUGCACACACUGGGACGUCAUUACAACAAACACACAUAUAAAUAUACACACACACACACGCACACACACACAAACACAAACACAAACACACAAACACACUACACACACACACACACACACACACACACACACACACACACACACACACACACACACACACACACACACACACAAACAUACGUGAAACAAAAGACUUAAAUACCUCUACUAAUUACCCUGCAGGAUUGUUACAGAUGGAGAGACUGAAAGGCAUUUUCAGUAACAGGAUGAAGAGACAGACAGCUGUGUGUUGCAUGUGGAACUGAAGACAGACUGACUCCCAGGAGAUGCAGUUCUAUGCAUCAUUCGCUCAUAACCUGGAAUUUGACGAGCCAAGACAUCCAUCAACUGUCUCAAAACCCACUUUGGAUAUUAAAUCUUCUGCUUUUUUUUCUCCAGCUGAGGAGGAAGAGGAGCGCUGUGGCAAAAAAAAAGGGGUCAGUAAUUGAUCGGUUUACAUCCCCUACUGUACUCACGCUGCACCGCGAAGCAGCAGCCGGCAACUGAGCAGAGCAGAUGCAGACCUGAGCUGUUAGGGAUACCACACACAGACUGCUGAAGCCAACUUGAACAACCUGUGAAAUGUGAAUGUAGCAUUUUUUUUUUUUUCAAGAAACGAUCAAAGGGCGCUAUUUGCCAAGGAUCAAACUAAGUUGAGGAGAAAAAAUAGAAAAAAAGUGUCAGCGAGAGAUGGAUGUAAAAACAGACAGAGAGGAAGAAGGGGGUUAAAGACAAAAAGAAGAACAUUAUUUGAAGGAAAAGUUAGGCAGUUUGUGGGAAAGAGAUUAAGAUUUAACUGAGAGGGAUUUACCAGCUGUGAGAGCGAGGGAGACGAAGUGAGAUGGAGUGAUCUGGAAAACACAGAAAAUUAAAACGUGUACCAAGGAAAAUUAGCUUCAGAAGAACAAAGGGCCUCUGAAGCGUCGCCAGACUUACUGAAGAAUCACUCUAACCAGCUAAGUGUUCAACUCUUGUAAAUAGAACGGAAAGAUACAGAUGAUCUAUUAUGAUUUAUAGCAUUUACCUGCUCUUGCAUUAAAAACAUGACUUAUUUAACCACAUUAUUGCUUUCAUUUCAGAUAUUACUAUAUUAUUGUAUAGAUGUCCUAAAGCAAGGCUGGUUGUCUUUCUAUCUCACCCAUUGUAGUAUGUACACAGUACCUUUAUUUAAAGGCUAUAUUUGCUAUGCACAGUCAUUUUAGUAAUUAUUAACUAUCUUAGCAUCUAGAUACUUGUUUAGCAGUUGAAGUGUAGGGCAUUCUUCGCUCCAUCCUGUCUAUUUGUUUGACCAUCGGACGAGAAGCUUGUACUGUGUAGAUAAUGCAAUAUUGGUUUGAUGAUUGAGCACCAGCCAAAAACCAUGACCUUUAACCCUUUGUACCUAAACCCUCCCUGUUCCUUCCUAAUGUUCCUGGAUUUUUAAUUAAAGGCCUUACCUUUAAUACCCUGUCGACCCAAAUAUAAUUAAUGUUUCUGUAGACAGACAGGUGGUGAUGAUUCAGGGGGUCCCGAGUCACAGCGUGUCCCAAAAAAGUCACCAGUGCUAUCUUGCAUUUUUCAGACUUUAACAGCUUUACCAGAGUUGCUGGUAUUUCUAAACGAGCCCCUGUUUGAACCUCCUAGUUCUGGCUGAAACCUCGUCCCUCCUAAAGCUGCCGUCUGAAGGAAAUUGGCCCACGUUGUUUUGUAAUCUAUAAUGUCAUGUCCUCAGCAGCUCCCAUGGUCUAUAUGAUAAAUGUGGAUCCGUCACUCACACGGUUUAGUUUACGACCUGCCCCCAUGUUGUCAGUUGUCUGGAGCCAAAUUUGACGAUUGAGGUGGAGCCUGGGUGGAGCUGAGGAGGGACGCUCUGUCUGAGAUUGUGAGAGAUUUGACAAUGAAGGCAAACACGCCUCUAAACAUGCAGCUUUUUAAGUCGUAAUAUCUUUUAAAUGGAGCAUUAAUCUUUUCAAUUUUCAACCAAAAUCCCUAACCAAUACCUUAUUGAAAUGAUUUAUUUCAGAAAUAUGUUAAAGUCGAAUGAUAGCUCGAGGGCUACGGUGGUUACUGCUCUGUGUGAACAUAAGGACAAGUACAGCUGUUAUUAAAUAAGUUCCAAACGGCUGAUAAGUCGGAGAGAUAUGGUGCCAUCUUACCAGCCACUAAAAAUGACAAAUAGCCAAGCUCUGUCUAUCUGGUUGCUGCUGGGAAGCUAAAAGAAUCUUGUAUCAACCAACCCAACCCAAACUCCCAAUGUCAUCCUAACCAGUAAGGCCCUAACACUCAUAUUAUAACUUUCCUGUAUUAUUCUCUUUUUCUUCUUCCUUUCCUUGCCCUAAACUUUCCUUUCUCCCAUCCAAACCCGUCCUUCCCCCUCUCCCAGCCUCACCUGUGCGACCACAUGCAGCUUUGUCACAGUGAGGCCUAUUUAACCUCCUCUCAUCCUAAGUAACUUCCACAUGAAAGAUUUUUAGUUUACUGUCAACAAAAUACGCGAAAAUUGAAAGCUGAACAUUUUGUGGAUGGCAAGCAAAGAAGUUUUAGAAAAAUAAUAUAAAAGUAACAUUUAAUGGAUGUUUGAUUGUUUUAAUAUUUUUUUUUUCAUAUGGGUUUAUUGACUCAGCGGAUGGCUGGAUUGUGUCAAGCAUAAAACAUUUCUGCUGCAUUUUUGAAAAAUAAAAAUAUCAGUAUUUUACAAUUUAUGAGCAUUUUAAA